AUGAAGGACAUGGUCCAGUCCACCGUCCUGGCUGUCCUAGGUCGCGCACGCCGACAACAUCAGGAUUGGUUCGAUGAAAACGACGCUGCCAUCAGAAAUCUGCUCGCCGAGAAGAACCGUCUGUUCAGAGCCUACGUCUACUGCUCUACCGACGACAACAAAGCAGCCUUUUACCACAGUCGUCGCCUUGUGCAACUGCGACUGCGCGAAAUGCAGGAGGCCUGGUUUGCAGGGCCGAGGAGAUCAAAGGAUACGCGGACUGCGACGAAUGGAAGCAUUUCUAUGCUGCAAUCAAGACUGUCUACUGUCCCACAGCCAAAGGCACCGUUCCUCAUCUCAGCGCUGAUAGAACGACUCUGCUAAUAGAGAAGCUGCAACAUUUUCAGCGAUGGGCCGAACACUUCCGAGGCGUUCUCAGCCGUCUCUCCACCACCUCCGAUGCUGCCAUCGCUCGUCUAUCUCAGGUGGAGACCAACACUGGUCUCGACCUCUCAAAGAAACCACCAGGGCUCUGCAGUGGCUAUGCAGCCGGAAAGCGUUUGGAUCAGACGCAAUUGCUGCUGAGAUCUACAGACAUGGCGGCACCCUACUCAUGA